CCGAGCCAGGCGCGCCCCCGACUGUCGCCUCAGCCCGUGACUGAGCCAGGAGCUGCCACUUGAGUGCCGAGCCGGCUCCGCUCCCAACAGCUGUAGGGGGUCAUACCUGCAGUUUGAGCUACCAGGAGUCAUGACGGACUGGCUGCUGAUUGGAUUGUUCGCAGCACUGGUUGUGCUUCUGCUGCUGACGCUCUUUGGAUUUGCUGUCUAUUCAGGACUUUUCACAGAAGUGGUUGUGAGUGCUGGUUUGCCCCCCAUUGGCAACAUCACUGUGGCAUACAAAUUCCAGGUGGGGCCUUACGGUGAAAAUGGAAGGCUGUUUACGGAGAGCUGCAGCAUCUCUCCAAAGCUCUGCUCCAUUGCUGUCUAUUAUGACAAUCCUCACACGAUAGAUCCAGAGAAAUGCCGCUAUGCUGUGGGUAGUAUCCUGAGUGAAGGAGAACAGAAACCAUCUGAGGAAGUGGUGCGCAUGUUCCUGAAGUUUGGUUUCAAGAUUAUCAACUUCCCAACCCCAAGCCAUGUAGUCAUGGCAACCUUCCCCUACACGACUCCGCUGUCCAUCCAUCUGGCAGUGAAUCGUGUCCACACAUGCCUUGACACAUACAUCAAGGAGCGGAAACUGUGUGCCCAUCCCAGGCUGGAGAUCUACAAAGGCAACCAAAUCUAUUUUGUAUGCCCCCUUGCUCGUCAAGGGGAUUUCUACGUGCCUGAAAUGAAAGAGUUGGAGAAGAAAAGCAGAGCAGCAGCAGAUGCUGAAGAUGCUCAAACAGAUAUCACAGGGUCUGACACCUUGAGUGAGACCAGCUCCGUCAGCCUGGAAGCCACAACCAACAGCAGAGAGACUUCAGUGGCUACCUCCAUCUUGUCCCCCUUCAUGUCUGGCCACAGCCGAGAUGAAGUAGACAAUCGCAGUGAGCACAGCUACAGCGAGUCAGGGGCCAGUGGCUCUUCCUUUGAAGAACUGGAGUUGGAAGGCAAUGGGGAUGGGGAUGGAAUGGCAGGUCUGUCAUCUGACCUCGGUUCUGCUGAGGACCACGACGUUGCCAAGGCCAAGUGGACCAAGGAGCCUAUUGCCCUGGAGAAAGAAAUGGGUGAAGAAUAAAGCCAUCUAUUUACUCGUGUUUCUUAGGGAUUGAAAAGAGAAACUGAUCGUCUCUCUUGCUUCUUUUCUGUCCAGCCAAAAGAUUUCGGUCACUGAUCCAUGUUGAGACCUGUCCUACUCUUUGUCCUCAGACAAGUAUUUGGGGUGUAAUAAAGGAAGAGAAAUGACAUCCAGGGGAAUUGUAGCUGGUUGCCACGCUCCUGUAGCCAGACUUAAGGAUAUGUGCUAUUACAAGAAGCUGAGAGGAAAGGCAUGAAGUGGUGGUGGGGAACUCUGGUGUUGAACAACAAAAUAUAUUUCCAUGUGUGUGAAAGAGAGAGUGAGAGAGUGAAUGACUAUGCAGGGAGCACUUUACAUGGGCAGGUAGAUGCAUUUGUGUAUAGACUAUCCCCUUGCCUCUCUUUACUUCUCCCCUAAUCAGCUGUUCCUCUGCAACUUGCACUCAUUGAUUGGCACCACAUUUAUAGACGCCAAAGAGCAGUAGUUAUAUUUGAAACUGGAAAAUGUAGCGCAAACUUUUAAUCCCUAAAUGGACAUCUCAACUUCUCUAAACUGUACUACAAUUAACAGCUUUAAUUUGAGAGGUGAAGGUUUAAGAGCAGGAUUGCUAAGAUCCCAAGCACUCUGCUCCCUUCCCCAUUCUUCCUCACUUACCUGUGCAGCCCACUUUCACGGUCUCUCUUUUAUAUUGCACGAUGAUGGAAUAAACCAAGUUCUUCUUAGUUGCAGUUGUUGCACCCAUUAACAUCUGUUGGUGUACUCCUGGGAACUGACCUUGAGAAAUUCCUUGUCUAACUUCAAAUGUAAACAAGCCCAUCUGAAGGAAUCAGCCAUUGCUGUUGGCAUUAAUGAUGCGCUCUUCCUGCAGUCUCAGCAGAGAGGCUGCAGAGUUUGAGUGGUCAUCACAGCAAUACAGGUCAGUGGCACAACAGACGUGACAAAUUCAUGUCUCUGUAGUGUGGGUCCUCAGAGGUUGUGAUGCAGUGGUAGUUCAGUUCAGGAGUGAAAUUUCAUGUGUUGAGUAUUGUGAUAUAGCAGAAGGCUUGCAGUGGUAACCUUAGUGGAUUUGACAUAAUAUUGUGGCAUAAUGCACUGGAAGUUCCUGAAUGUUAUGUCUUGGAGAAGCUAUGUACUCUGCCCUUAUGCAAGAUAAGAAUUCCUUUGAUUCCCUAAGCAUGAUGAAAUGAAAAUGGUCCUCUUUGCAUUAGCAAUAUUUCUGGAUACUGGGUUAAGUUAAACCUGUCUCAGUCAAAAUCAUAUAUUGAGGCACUGGGGCAAAUUCCUCACUGCAAUAUAUCUACUGAAGUUCUUGUCCUGAGAUAUCAGUUGAUAAGACCCAUGUCAAACAGUCUGCAUCCUCCGAGCUUCAUUACUUUGGCUUGAGGGAAGAGUCAUCAAGGCAGCAGGAGGUAGAAAAUGUUAAUAUGUGUGUAUUGGGGGCUGAAGUAUUGAGAAGUUCUGAUUCUCCUCACCACAUUCUUGCUCCUCUUGCUGACAUCCUCUCUGUAGAGGUCUUGGAUCAAUGGCUCACUCUGUUUCUUAAUGGACUUGGAUCCAUACAGUGAGCAAAGGAGUUCAACGUUCAGCCACCUUCAGACCUGCCUUGUUUCUGAGCAUUGACUCAGCCUGGAGGGAGAUCAAUGAGAUGCAGUGUUAGAACUUCCCCCUUGGGCUGCUUGGCCACAAGGCUACUCAGCUCCCUCCCCCAGUCACCAUUGAUUCCUCACUUUCUUCUUUUUAUUCUUAUUUCUGUGGUCUAUAAAGUUUCUGCCUCUCAAUUUGCUCUCUGUUCCAUGAUUUAAUAUUGAUAUUCAUGUCCCCCCAAUCCUGAUUUACUAUGACAUCCAAAUCAGUGACUCCACUUUAGCUGCAGCAUCACUGAACCAGCACGACUGAUAGAAGCAGGCACAUGCUAAAAUGGGGAAUUGGAUAUGUUCCAUCCCCAUUGUGUCUGGAUAAGAUUCCCACAUACCAUUCGGUAGACUUUCUCAUCUUCCUGGAUAUUACUUCAUCCACAGCAUUGCACAUGGAAUUACUUGAGUAAACAUCAUUCCAAGUGCUCCAUUUUAACACUCAAUGCGUUCUCUGUGGCCAUUGCUAAGUAGGGCUUCUGAACUGCUAGCUUAGCGUGCCUGUUCACAGGGUGUCUCUGUACAUGUACAUCUAUGUGCAAAUGGGUGUGCAUGUCUAUAUCUUCCCUUGGGCAUGUGUGAUUAUACGAGUAUUUAUGUAUCUGUGCUUGUUCAUUGUGUGCAUAGACCUAUGCUAUAUGCACUUGUGCACACAGGCUCAGAGCCAAACUAGAUAUGAUACCAUUCACACAAUUGUUAAUUUUGUAAAUAAAUGAUGUCAUAUCUAGUUUGAACUUCAUACUGUAUGCUUGUCCUUCUAUAUUCAUCUGUAUCGUGCUCUCUCUUUCUGAGUCAUAGGGGUUCUAUUAGAAUAAAGGUGAAGGACGACAGGAGCAGCAGGAGGCAUAUAGCUAGGACUGUAUUAUCCCUAUCCUCAGAUUUCAUUUGAAAGAUAACGAAAAAUACCCUUCUCUCUGUGUUGUGCUGGGUGGUUGUGCCUGUUUUUUGGAGGAAGGGGAAAGCAAAUCAUAUUUCUUCAUCAUACAGUAACUUCUGCUUGCUUGUGAAUUCUGUGCUGAUGGAGAAAGGGUAUCAGUAUAAAAAUCUUCUGGCUUAUAUAUGAUAGUUUAGUUGUAUAGUGUGUGAACUUACCUCUCAGUGUAUUCAUGCAUGUGAGUGGACACUGAACACAUCAUCAUGUGCUGCCAUGUAUGAGUAUGUGUGUGUGUGUGUGUGUGUGUGUGUGUGUGUGUAUCCUGCAUAAUUUCCUGCUUGUAUGCAUGAUGUAUGUAUGUGUAUCGGCCAUUCUAAGUGUGCCCAUACACAUACACCCCCUUCUUCAUAAGCACAAGUGAAUUUGCUGCUUAUUUGUUAAUGAUGAUUAUACAGAUACGUAUGAGAUUGUCUGACUAUACCACCACAUGGGGGAUUGCUCCCACAUCAAAAUGCUUGGAAAACGAAUACAUCAGGGAGAGAAAUGGUGCCAAAUGUGGAAAGCCUGCAUGUCAGGGAGAAGACUAGGCUAGAUGCCUUAACCUAGUAUUUUCCCUGACAUGCAAGCUUUCCACAUGUGGGGAGAUUUUGACAAGAAAGAAGUUUCCAAACAAGUAAUUCCCAAUAUAUAUUGUAAUGUAUGCUAUUCAUGUGGGGAAAUGUAUUCCAUGCUGGACUGAACAGCUCAGUGACUCAGGUGAGAAAUUUUGAUUGGAUGGUGCUCUCUUGUGAGAGAGUACAGGCUUCCUUUACCCAUUUUUGAAUUCAAGCCCAGAUGAAUGUAAAAAUAAUAACCCCCUUCACUCUUCUUCUCCCUAAGUGGUAGCUUGAAGAAUGUUUUGUCUUGAGCUGGAAGUGGGUAAGAAGAGCUGCUUUAGGUACAUGGAGACAUUUGCAAAUAAGAUGGUGAGCUGGAAUUCUGUGGGAAGCUACUGCGCAUGCCAUGUGUUGGGAUGAGCAGUUGGUAAAUUCAUUACUGUUGCUCCCCUGAGAUAGGGAAGCAAACCUUGCUAGACAUGUACAGACCAUUGCAACAAUCCACAAGCCAUUUACUCUGCGAAUAAUUCUACUGAUUCAAUGCGUUUCCAUUUUUUUAAAGGUUGGCAUAUUAUAGUCAAAGGGUGGAAUAAUGGCAUGUUUCCAUCAGUUGUGGCUUUAAUAUCCAUAUUAGACAUUCAGAUUAGUGAGUAGAACACAUUGACUACCCUGCCAUGUCAAGGACCAAGUGCAAGAGAAGCCACUCAGACAAAUGCUCCCAGCUAUACUCUCUUUUUGUCAAAAUCCUCCAUGAAAGGUUUGCUUUAACGAGUUGCCAGAGUUAGAUACACAUCACAUCUAAACUCCUUCUCUCUGUGGAUCUUAUAUGCAGAAUGCAGUGGCAGCCUCUUAGUUAGUUGUCAUUGGUGUGAGCAUCCAUAAUUUUGCAGACAAAUAACUUUAGAGAUGAGCCCAGAAUCAUAAAAGAAUCUGGAGUUUUAUGCUACCGUCCCUUGGGCCAAUCAAUAGAGGGCUCUUCAGAGUGUUAGAGAGACAGUAUCCUGCCCACUAAUAACCUCUUUCCAAAGAGUUGAAUUCCCAGGGGCAUAACUCAAACCUGCUCUUUACGGACAGCUGUCUGGCAAUGUGCUGUAAGAUGCUUCUGUGGCUGGGCUGGCAUCCAUAUCUCUCCACGCACCCCUCUGUCUCUCAGCAUUUGUUGUGAUUGUGAGGGACUGGGUGGUGGGGAGAUGGUCAUCUAUCUGUGGUGAUCACACAUGAUGUGGUGAGAAACACAUCAGACCAUCCCAAGAGCAACAAAUAUUUUAUCUUUUUCAUUCUAGCCACAACUGAAAUAGUUUACCACAACAGAAGUUACAAAUGCUACAACUGGAAUAGAAUGCAAUGCUACACAAUUAGCACACACAGACACUAUGUGGUUAGAUUUUUAAAGGACCUACUAUUCUAACUUCAUUGUUGCCUGUUCGAACAUUUUAGAGUGGAUGACAUUCAGCUUUCCUAACAUCUUCCUUUCUUAAACCAAAAUAGCCAUUGGUGUCAGCAUCUCACUUUCCUUAGCAUCAUAUACUGUGUCAUCAAUAAGAUUAUCACUCGAUUUUGAAAGAUCUCUGGUGCCUGAUCAGAAGCCCAGUGAAGAUCAGAAGAGCUUGUCAUUAAUCACAGUGAACUUGCAGUGUUGGAGAAGGACAGUCUGGGAGCUCAGAAUUCUAAACAGCAAAUGUACAGUGCAACAGAAUUUUUAGACAGCACAAAAUGUAGCUCAUGGAUUCCUUUUUCUUGGUUAGUGUUCAUGAAGCCAAAAAAUUAUAGCGGUGAAAAUUUUUAUUCCUUUUAAAAGUUUAUUGUAAACAUAUUAAUGUUUGGGGUUUUGUUUUGCUUUGAUUUACUUUACUUUCUUUUAAAAUUCCCCUCUUUCUGUACCCACUAUGGGGACACAACGUAUUUCCAGCUGCAAAAGACUGUGCAAAACCACCCACAACAAGAAGAGAAAUGCAGACUGCUCCCUACACAUCCCAACUGCCCUUCCAGAGUACUGUAACAGUAGACUUACAUCUAAAUGGUGCUCAGAACCCAUUGUUCCAGCUUUCUUUAGAAAGGGUGCCAUCUCUUUUCAAAGUUAUAUUCAAGCACUGUUUCAUAGGAACAUAAAAGUCACCGCAUAUAGAUGCCUAUGAUUCUAAAUUCAAACUUUAAAUGUUCAUGCGUUACAUAUUGUUAAUAAUUUGGAGAUAAUAGCUUCCGCCUGCAGUUGAAAUUGGUUGACCAUAUUCUGUAAAACUCCCAUAGCAAAGCUAAUUCGGGGUUUGUGUAGAGAAGAAGAGUUUAUAACCUUGAAUUUGCAUACACAAGAGGUAGCUUGCAAAAUCAAAAACGUCUCUCUGUAUGUCUGUGUUUGUGUGUAUACAGGAGGAGGUACUAUUUGGACCUGAACCCACAGAUUGUCAUUGAAUGAGCAGCUAGUACUGAAGAGUGAAAAAAAAAUUACAGCUUAGAACGUGUUAGUCAUUGAGAUACUGGCAAAGCUGUUUGAGAAGUUUGCUUUUUAGUUUGGUAGCCCUGAAGUGAAAAACCUUGUUCUGUUAUCUAUUUAAUCACAAUUUUGAUAUAAUGUAUAAGGCUUCGAGUUAUAUAUAUACCAGACUGGUUUAGAUGUAGGUGUUGGGAAAGGUGAGAGGGAAUCCUUGUUAAAAUUAAAA